AUCUUGUGUGUCGCAUAAAUUUGUCAAAAUUAAAAAAGUGCGAACGCGAAGACAGCGAAGACGAUUCUAUUAGGACAACAAAUCAGUUAAUCGAGUGAUAUGUUCUUAUGGCUUAUCCAACAAUAAAUGCCCAACAAGAAAUAAAUAACCGGAAAAUACUGAAGGAUCUUCAGAUCAACAAACAAUUACUGGAGAAAGGUGUCGUCCCCGGCAUAACAGCCAGUUCACCCAACUUGAAUAUGCCUUCAUUUAUUCAGUCGGGUACACAACAACAGACAGAUUUUACAUUAGGCCCAACGUUGCGCUCCACUCAAGCUUGGACCCAAGCAACUAAUCAAUCCUUUGGUUUUUUUGUGCCGCAAGACUCGUUGUUUGGCAACAGUAUUUUACCGGUGCUACCGCGAACCGAUAAUCAAACGAAAUAGAGAGAAGAAACGGAAACCGUCAGACAAUUCUUUUUAGUACAUAGGGAGAAGAUAGCACUUUUUUUAACUUAAACAAA